AUGGCCGCCAUGACGAACCUUUUGGAGGUCUGCCUGUGGAGCGUGGGUGGCAGGAGGCUCGGGACGGUGGAGUUAAACGACCAAGCUUCGGUGAAGGAGUUGAAAUAUGCCACGGCCGAUCUGCUGGAACUACCGCCCAAGUGCCACCGUUUGCUGUGCGGUGGGGAGAUUAUGGUCAGUCAGAAGUUGGUGAGUCAGUACAGUGAAGAUACGACGCCAUUAGAGGUCAUGGUGGUCAUCUCUCAUGAACUGAUUUACAAGCGGAUGGGCGAUCCCAGUGUUGCCGUCAGGCAAGCAGCCCUGAACACUUUGGGCCGUGCCGCAGAGCCUGGCUCCAAGGCUGCCAUCGAAGCUGUUUGCGGAUGCUUGAAGGACUGUGAGGGAGAGGUUCGGCGGAUUGCGCUCAAAACUCUCUCUUGCAUUUCAGAAGAAGGCAAUGCGCAGGUCAUCAGCCUCCUUUGCGACAACUUGGCGCGUGGCGACUUGUUCACGAAGGCGACGGCGAUCAAGGGCCUGACGAAAGUGGCCGGAAUAGGAAACCCGGAAUUCCUGACGACCAUGCUCGAGUUGAUUGUCCAUCGCAAGGCGGCCACGAGGCGUUUUGCUAUGGAGUCUCUGCCGCAGGUUGCCGCCCGCGGAGAGCCACGCGCUGUGGAAGCGGCACUGGUGGCCUUGCUGGAUCAAGAUGCUCAAGUGAGGCAAGCCGCUGCACAAAGCCUCGGCCUUGUGGCCGAGCUUGGGGAUCACAAAGUGAUCCAGCGGCUCCUGCAGUGUCUUCAGGACGAUGGUGACAAGAUGACGCGUCGCUGUGCGGCUAUUUCGCUUGGACAAGUGGUUCUGGAGGAGGACGCGAAGGUCUUAGAAGCAUUGGAGGCCUCUGCGCGCGAGAGCAGUUUGAGGCGUGUUGCCUCAUCUGUUCGUGAUGCGAUCCGUUCAAGAGGAAAGCAGGCGCUCAACUAA